CCUUGGAGAGGGGAGGGUUUUCUGGACUCCGUGUUAUCUCCAUUAGCAGGUUCACUGUAGUUAUCAUCCUCAAAACACAAACUGACUUCCUUAGGCUAUUAUCUAGAAGGACGUGGAGAGCAAAUGGUCACCAGAUGUAUCUCUCAAAAUGGGAUCCUCUUUUAGAGGAUAAACGUGACAGCCCUUUGGCUCUCGUCUGGGUCUCGCUCAAGCACAUCCCCUUCUUCCUUACUAACGCCCAAUCCCUAUUCUCUAUUGUGAAAACUCUGGGGAAACCAAUUCAAAUGGAUGAGACCACAUCGAGGGGUGGAUAUUUAUUUUCUGCAAGAGUUCUGGUGGAGAUGGACGCGUCCAAACCCAAACAACCUGCCAUUCUGGUACGUACUCCUGCAUGGGAUCGUGAAAUUCAUCUCACUUAUGACCUUCCUUCUUACUGCAUAACUUGUGGACGCUGGGGUCACUGCUGCAAAAAAUCCCAACCCGUCGGAAAAGUCCUCACCGGCGGGGCAACCUUGGUAGGUGCUAAUAAUGAACACUCCUCUCCCUUGAACUACCUGGCACUUCUCUCCACCGUUGAGGACAUUGACACCCCAGGCACACCAGGGCUGAAAGAACUGCAUUAUGGAAUGCCAUAUCAUAUAGGGCCCCUAGCAUACAUCCAUGGAUCAUUGGAGGAGAUUUUAACUGCAUCCACAGCCUUGACCAACACAAAGGGAACUGCAAUCCUUGCAAUAACUCAGUGGAGAAUUUUAGAGAAUGCAUGGAAGCUGGCAAUCUCCUUUACAUCCAUCCUUCAGGAGGACAUUUUUCUUGGAGUGGGAAAUGAAGCAAUGGGAAGCUUUGGCGCAGACUGGACCAUUUUUUUAGCAACCAACAGAUGCUGGAUAGGACUAGCAGUCUACAACUCUCUAUGCUUAAAGCUUAGGAUCUCCUCCAUCAAGGAUGAUCUUGGCCUGAACAUCGAGGGGGACAGUAACAUUGCUUCACACGCAAUUGAUUACUACACCAAGAUCUACUCUGAAGAAUCAGUCAGUAUUAACCCAGAACUGCUCUCAUAUAUUCCUAAGAACAUUAAUGAAGGGGAUAAUCAAAUGCUUUGUGCUGUUCCACAAGAGGAGGAAAUAAGGGGGGCCAUCUGGGACCUCAACUCCCAUAGUGCACCAGGCCCAGAUGGAUACACUGGGACUUUUUUCAAAACCUUCUGGCACAUAGUCCAUGAAGAAGUGACUAGAGCAACCCAAGAGUUCUUCCUGGGUCUGCCCAUUCUUAAAUCCUACGGGGCCACUCUCCUCACUCUGAUUCCUAAGAUGGACAACCCUAAAUCUUUGGGAGAUUACAGGCCUAUCUCUCUGUCCACUUUCCUCUCAAAAAUCAACACUAAGAUACUAGCCAAUAGACUGGGUGCACUACUUCACAAACUCAUCAGCCCUGAGCAAAGUGGGUUUCAACCAGGUAAAGGAGUGGAAGAAAACAUCCUCCUUACCCAGGAGAUGAUCCACUGCCUUGACAACCCGUCUGGAAGUGCCAACAUUGCUAUUAAAGUGGACUUUGCAAAAGCGUUCGACAGAAUUUCUUGGCAGUUCUUAGAGGUUACUCUAAACUCCUUUGGCUUUUCCUCACAGUCCUGCCAUCUUCUCCUCUCCACACUCAAGGCCACCCAUUUCUCCAUUCUCAUUAAUGGAUCUCCUCAUGGGUUUUUCAAAAUGAAGAGAGGGGUUAAGCAAGGUGACCCUCUCUCCCCCCUUCUCUUCAUACUUGGAAAUGAGGGUUUAAGUAGAAUGAUUAAGGGGAAGGUUGAGGAGGGUUACCUUAAAGCCAUCCAAACAGGGAGAAGCCAACCACCCUCCCACCUUGCAUAUGCAGAUGACAUAAUUUUUUUCCUAAAUGGCCAUUUCAUAAACCUGAUCAGAUUCAAAGGGAUUAUUGACUGCUUUCUCAAUUCAUCAGGACACAUGAUCAAUCUCAACAAAAGCCACUUCUACACUGGCCCAAGAGUGAAGCCAGAAAUCAAAGCUAACAUGCAAAGGGCACUUCAAAUGGGAGAGGGCAAAUUACCUCUAAAUUACUUAGGGGCAACCAUUGGAAAAGCAAAUGCCCAAAUCUAUUCACAACAUGUUGAACAAGAAGAUGCAGAACUUUCUAUGGGGAUACAAAGAGGGAAGGCCUAAAUAUCAUUGGGUAUCUUGGAGAGGACUAUGCUUCCCAAAACAUGAGGGAGGUCUGGGCAUUAGACACCUGGAAGAUGUAGAAGCAGCAUACUCAGCCAAACUUUGGUGGAAGAUUAGGAACUCCCAUGGCAUUUGGGGAGAAUACAUGAGG